AUGGCCGGAGCACUUUCGAAAUGGACCCUUUUCCUCGCCAAUGCAUUGAUACCUGUCGCGGUGCUGCUCUUCUGUUCUGGAUAUUUCCCAUAUAAACCAAUUCUGUCCGGAGCAGCUGAGCCGCCAGUAUGGGGAAAGGCACCACCGGUUUUUGACAAGGUCAUACUUAUGGUGGUUGAUGCUCUGCGCAGUGACUUUGUAUAUUCAAAUAAUUCCGGAUUUGUAUUCACCCAAGAUUUAAUCCGUACUGGCGCUGCGUGGCCUUUCACGGCACAUGCAAGUUCUCCAACGGUUACAAUGCCUCGAAUCAAGGCAAUAACAACAGGAUCAGUCCCAUCAUUCUCAGAUGUCGUGCUCAACAUUGCUGAGUCUGAGAGUAUGUCGACGCUUAUUCACCAAGACACUAUAAUCACUCAGCUGAAGUACGGCCUUCCUGGGAAGAUGUUGAUGUAUGGAGAUGAUACAUGGUUGAACUUGUUUCCCGAUACUUUUGACCGGUUUGAUGGGACGAGUAGCUUUUUUGUUUCCGAUUUCACCGAAGUGGAUAAUAAUGUUACGAGACAUGUCUCGCCGGAGCUCGCACAAGAUGACUGGUCUGUCAUGGUACUCCACUAUCUUGGACUAGAUCACAUUGGCCACAAAGCCGGACCCAAGAGCUCCCACAUGAUUCCCAAGCAAAGAGAAAUGGAUGGCAUCGUUGAGGAAAUCUAUAACGCAAUGCUCUCUGAGACCCAUCUAGAUUCGACCCUUCUGGUUCUGUUAGGCGAUCACGGAAUGAACGAAGCAGGAAACCAUGGAGGUUCAUCUGCAGGAGAAACAUCACCAGCAUUGACCUUCAUAUCUCCCAAGUUACAAAAGCAUUCAGAGAAUUCGGAGCUCAAAGGUCGGGACAGCCCUAUUGAGGCUGAAAAUUUUGAAUUUUACCAUACGGUUGAGCAAUCAGAUAUCACGCCAACGUUGGCGGGACUGCUUGGAGUACCUAUACCAUUGAAUUCUCUUGGGGUCUUUAUCCCGGAAUUCCUUGGCUUAUGGGGAAAUGAAGUGGACAGGGUGACCAUGCUCCUCGAAAACACCGUCCAAAUUCAAAACGUGAUCAAAAUGGCAUACCCCAAAUUUAGCACUAACGGCGACAAGAUCAACGAGGUGUCAAGCGCAAAUGGCACCGGUUUGGGAUCCUCCGCUCUCGAAAGACUUGAAUACGAAUUCAUAGCGGCUGGAUUGUCCAUGUCGCCCGACGAAAAAUCUACAAGGACACAUUACAAGUUCCUACAUUCGGCACAGAGUUUGAUGAGUGGUGCUGCUAGCAGCUAUAAACUUUCUAUGCUAUAUUCUGGCACUUUGACGGUAGCCUUUGCGUGCCUCGUCUCUGCAUUUAUUGCUUAUUAUACUUUACCGACACCUCUGGUCGCUUCUACGGUGUUCUUAUUUAUUACUUCUGUGCUACACGGCGCCAUGAUGUUCGCUAGCAGCUUCGUGGAGGAAGAGCAGCAGUUUUGGUAUUGGAUCACCACGGCUUGGACGGUUUAUAUUCAUUUGAGAGCAACAUCAUUCGGAUUGAAUAGACUAUCAACCAAGAGCAUCAUUUAUUCAAUAUCAUUUGCAGCAGCUGGGCGCAUAAUGCGCCGGUGGAAUCAGACUGGUCAGAAGUUUGCAGGCGAGCCUGAUAUUGUCCAGUACCUGUCUUCUUCUCAACCCAAACUGCUCUGGGCACUGGUUUUGCUAACAUACAUGGUGAAUUGUCAAUCCAUGAUUGGAUCAGCACCCUUCAGAAACGUGUUUGGCAAAUCGUUGUGGACGAUAUUAUCUAUCGCGGUGUCCUUCGCAGCCGUCGUCUUUAAAGUAUCGUUCACAGCAGCGGAUGCCCCAGAACUAUUGGAUCCGCUCAUACUCAGGAUUACACGGUGGGGAUUUCAGACCUCGCUUGUCUUCCAAGCCCGACUCGUAUUCAUUGGUAUUGCUUCACUUUUGGUAAUCUUCGUUAUUUCCAGCUUCACAUCACGGGGAGUCCAGAAUGCAGGACGAAAACGACUUUUUCAUGAGGCCAUUACUUUAUUCCUCAUCACCCAGUCACGCGCAACAAAUAUCCCUCUCUUCGUGCUAUUCAAAGUCCAAGCUUCGAUCAUCGAGCGAGUCGACCUGAACAGUAUAGAGACAACGCUGAACCUGAUCCUCAUGCAGCACGUGGCAUUCUUCGCCUUUGGCGGAUCAAAUGCACUAUCCUCCGUCGAUCUUUCAACGGCAUACAACGGUGUCAGCGAUUACAACGUCGUUGUCGUCGGAUUGUUGACAUUCGUAAGUAACUGGGCAGGACCGAUUUGGUGGAUGUCAGAGACGGCUAUAAAUCAGCGUCACUUGACUCAAACGGAGGCAACGAAUAGAGUCGCACUGCUGUCGUUCAAUACAACAAUGGAGUUGUUGGCUGUCAUGGCGGCUUGCACCAUUCUCAGGACACAUUUGUUUGUAUGGACAGUCUUUUCACCCAAAUUUUUGUAUAGCAUCGCAUGGGCAUUGGCAAAUCAUCUUGGCAUGAAUUUGUUGGCGACUUAUGGUCUGUCUUUAUAA